UAUUAACAUACUUUGCAGCCGAACUGCAGGACUUUGCGGUGGAAAUUGGCUACGAACCCACACCACUGCCUCGUCAUCGUAUUAAUAGCCCAUUCCCCCCUCAUCACCAUCCCCAAAAUUUCCCAGAUUAUUCCCCUUGUUCCCCAGGUCUGUUCCCCCAGACCCUCUCCACACACGUGUCCGCCCGGUUGGAUAUCAUCCCACAGCAUUACUGAUGCGUUGGUGAAAGCUUCUCGCUUCUCGCCGCUUCUUAUCCCUCAACAUUAGAGUUUCUUCACUUAUCAUAGAGUUCGCAGCGCCACCAAGCCUGGCAAAAUGGCGUCCGACCAGGAAAAGCGAGGGUUGCCGGGCGCCUUAACCCCGAGCGCAGAUAGCUCUGCUUCUUCGGGCCACAAUGUAGCCAACAACCUCGGCGCGCAUAAAGUCGAGAAAGAACACGCCAAAGAGCAGACCGGCAAGAGGGAGCUCAAAGAGGAAGACUGUGAAGACGAGCUGGGCUUCGCCUUCUCUAGCAAGAAAAAAUGGUGGAUAUUGACAGUCAUUUUCCUCGUCCAGACCUCGAUGAAUUUCAACACAUCGCUCUACUCCAACGGCUUAGUGGGUAUCUCAGAGAGGUUCAGUGUCAGCGAACAGGCCGCUCGUGUCGGAGCUGCCAUCUACCUCAUCACCUAUGCCUUCGGAUGUGAGCUGUGGGCUCCAUGGUCCGAGGAAUUCGGUAGAAAGCCCAUCCUACAGCUCUCCAUGCUCUUUACCAAUAUAUUCAACUUGCCUGUUGUCUUAGCUCCCAACUUUGGGUCACUCCUCGUCGGCCGAGCACUAGGUGGUCUAUCCACCGCCGGUGGUAGUGUAACCCUAGGUAUGAUCGCUGAUCUGUACGAAGCUGACCGACAACAAUACGCUGUUGCAUACAUUGUGUUCUCAUCUGUCGGUGGCUCAGUGCUCGGGCCGAUCGUCGGAGGUUUUGUUGAGAUACUGGCACCUGGUCAAGCCUGGAAAUGGUGUAUCUGGAUUCAGCUUAUCUUCGGUGCCUUCGUUCAGGUUCUUCACCUCUUUACAGUUCCCGAGACGCGUACAACUGUCAUGAUGAAUCAAAUUGCCAAGAAACGUAGAAAGGCUGGCGAGGAAGUAUAUGGUCCUGAUGAGAUCGAGUCCUUCUGGCAUCGAUUCACGGUCAAGGAGCUUAUAUACACUUGGCUGCGACCGUUCCGCAUGUUUCUAACUGAGCCGAUUGUACUCUCCUUAUCGCUACUCUCUGGUUUCUCUGAUGCCCUUAUCUUCGUCCAGAUUCAAUCUCUUGGCCUCGUUUUCAAACAAUGGGACUUCAAUAGCUGGCAAAUCGGCCUCGCCUUUGUUGGCUUCGGCGUGGGUUACCUGCUAGCAUGGCUUAUCUUCAUUCCAUCUUUCAGCCGAAACAGGAAGCGAAGAGAGAAGCAUCCCGAAGACGAGCACGCUCAAUACGAAUCAAGGAUGUAUCUCUUGCUAUGGCUGGCUCCAAUGCUGCCUAUUGGUCUGCUCAUCUUCGCCUUCGUCAGUGCCGGACCACCGCUUCACUGGAUUGGUCCUAUAAUUGCUACAGCAAUCAUCGGCAUUGCCAACUACGCUAUCUACAUGGCUACCAUCGACUACAUGAUUUGCGCUUACGGUCCUUAUUCAGCUUCGGCUACCGGCGGCAAUGGUUGGGCUCGUGACUUUUUGGCCGGUGUCCUCACUGUACCUGCCACUCCAUUUUACACAAAUAUCGGACGGGCUCAGCAUAAGAAUUUCGAAUAUCCCUCUCUUAUCCUGUUUGCUAUUUCAGUCAUUCUAGUUGCAGCCGUCUAUUGGGUGUACUGGAAGGGCCCCGUUCUCCGCAAGCGAUCCCCCUUCGCGCAGAGUCUAGCAGAAGGUACGGCUGAGGUUCUGGGUCGCCGCGUGAGCAAUGCAACGCGUCGCUCUAGCACAGCUGGUCACCCUAGUGUCCCACCGACCGCCGCCGGCGCUGCCACUGAACCAGAUGUCGAACACACUGCCGCAAUCUCGCCGGCAACGAGGGGUCCAAACCGUCCUAGGUUCGGCCCCGAGUCACGACGUAGCUCAUAUGAAGCUAGUCAUCACGCAUCAUCCCGCCGCCAAAGCCGGAUUGCAUCACGGAACGUGUCCCGGAACCCCAGCCGGAGAAACAGCCUGGAUGAGGUGGAGGACGAGGUAGCUGAUAUCAACGCUGAGGCUAUCAACAAUAGGUUGAAAAAUCAUUUGACUACCAUUCCUUCAGUCCAAAACUAGUUAGCGGCGCAUUGUGUAGCACCAUCAGCGUUGUUUGUAUAUACUGUGUACCAUAAUGAAUUACACCCAUAAUGCCU